GUGUGCGGAUCUAAAAGCAGGCGACGAUUGUCGCUUGACGUAAAGGAAGGCAGUCGCAGAAAGACAGGCGCGCGCGCAGCCCGCUAGUGUACAAUUCGCAACCUCCGUAGACGCGCGUGCGUAAUCAGUGCGGCUGUUUAGUGUUCACUACAUGUUACGUGCAUAAUACAUCAUCAUGAAAUUUCAUAUCAAAUUAUUUGAUGUAGUUCCGGCGCGGUUCAACGUCGCUGUGAUGAUGUUCUUCGCCUGCUGGGUCAACUACAUGAUGAGGGUCAACAUGAGCGUCAACAUCAUAGCUAUGGUGCCUGACGAGUCUACUUCUACAUCGGUGAAAAGCGAGUGCGAGGCCAUUGCGACGAACGACACAUCGUUAUAUAACAGCACUGUGGUCACCAAACGAGAACUGCGGCAGCCAGAUGGCGUGGUCACCUUCACAUGGACAGCACAGCAGCAGGCUUAUGUACUGUCGGGAUAUUUCUGGGGCUACUCCAUCUCCUGCCUGGUGGGAGGCACAGCGGCUGAAUUCUGGGGCCCGAGGAAGCUGGUCUUCACUACCAUGUUGCUCAGCGCCGUCCUGACUAUCCUGAGUCCGCAGGCGGCAAGAAUGCACUACCUUGUCUUAGUCGCAGUGCGGUUCGUCACUGGAUUGGCAGCGGGAUUCCUGUUCCCCGCGCUCCACGCGUUGGUCGCGCACUGGGCUCCCCCCGCGGAGAAGGGCAAGUUCGUGAGCGCGCUGCUAGGCGGCGCCAUCGGCACCGUGGUCACGUGGUCACUCACUGGACCUCUUAUUGAAAACUUCGGAUGGGAUUACGCGUUUUAUGUUCCCGGAGCAAUCGCGUUAGUUUGGUGCUUCCUCUGGUGGUACUUGGUGUAUGACUCCCCGGUCCUGCAUCCGCGUAUCUCCGAAACUGAGAAGACUUACAUCCUCGAAGCUAUUGGUGACAAAGUUCAACAGAGCUCUAAAGACAAUAAGGUGGUUCCCCCGUUCAGAAAGAUCUUCACAUCGUUCCCAUUCCUGGCCAUGGUUGUUCUCCACUACGGCAGCAAUUGGGGCCUGUACUUCGUGAUGACGGCCGCUCCCAAAUUCGUGUCAAGCGCUCUCGGGUUUAACCUGACGUCGACCGGCACUCUGUCCUCAUUGCCGUAUCUCGCUAGAAUGAUAUUCUCUCUAAUAUUCGGAGCCAUCGGUGACAGGAUCGUGAAACAGAACGUGGUUUCAACAACGUUUAUGAGGAAGUUCUUCUGCUUGUUCUCCCACGUGGUUCCUGGUUUGCUCCUCAUCGGGCUCGGCUACACUGGCUGCGCACCCAUCCUCUCCGUGGCCUUGAUCACCUUCUCCAUGGGAUCUAACGGAGCGGCGACACUGACGAAUCUGGUCAACCACCAGGAUUUGGCGCCGAACUUUGCCGGAACGCUGUACGGCAUCGCUAAUGGAAUUGGAAACACUGCUGGAUUUGUAACACCUUUGGUUACUGCUCACUUCACUAAGAAUGGCAACGGUUUCGCGGAAUGGCGUCCAGUAUUCAUAACUGGAGCUUCCUUAUACAUCGCGUCGGCCUGUUACUUCAUACUCUUUGGAACUGGAGAGACGCAGUCUUGGAACUACGUGGCCCCUGUGGAGGACGAAGAGGACAAGAGGCCGGCGACCUCCACACACUCCACGAACACCACAAACACUACGAACAACACGGACACCACCGUCACGAUCUCACCCAAGACAUAAGCCCGCACACCUAGUGUUAAGGUCCACAGUAAUGCAAGGCAAGACUUAUGAAUUCGACUCCUGAAACGUUAUUUAGUUUAACACGCAGUCAACAUAGGUAGCUUGCUAUCUGCACGUCAGUUUAUACUAUAAAAUAUAUCGCGUUCACAGUUAAAAAAAUACGAAUGAAACAAUUGAAUGCUUAGCACGGCUGGCAAUGUUAAAAAAUGUAUGUCCAUUUAAACUUUAUACUUUUUACUGACAGAGAUAGCAUGAAACCUAAAGGCUGUUUUAAAUAAGUGACGUUUCAGUAUUCAGCCAUUACAAGGUCCGCCGAUAAUUAAGUAUUUAUUUUUAAGUAGUUAUAAGCGUGUAUUUUCAACGCCAUAUUUAAUUUCUUUUUGAUUUGAGUUCCGACUGCUUUUCUAUUCAAAGUAAGUUCAUUUUUAUACAGCGAUAAUUUUAACAGUGAUACAAUUUUGUGCAUUUUAAAGACUGUUGUGAUUAAGUGUACGACAGUUUUCGUUAGUUAGUAGGUGCCUAAUUAUUAAAAUAAAUAUUUCUUUUGUCAAUUUAAACAUUUAACUUAUGAAAGUAAUGACUUGGGAGGAACAAUUAUUUUAGUAUUCAGAACGUAACAUAGUAAAAAAUAAAGAAAUAUUAACUUAAAGUCAAUUAAAAAAACAAACGGGGUAAAUAAAACCGUUUAAAAACAGGAAUAAUGGUCACGCUUAAAACAAAGAAGUCUAAUUGAGCCAUACAAACGACUUUUUUUGAAGAUCCCAUACUGAGAAGCGAACAGCAAAUUACUGGAAUUAUAAAUAUAAUAAUCGGCGGUAAUAAGACAUUAAAUUGUUACCGUUAUUGCUGGACCAUGACGAUUUAUUUUGAUAGCGUGUAGACGCUGUAAUUAUAACGUAAAUAUAACUCUAGAUAUUCUAUAUGGCGGGUGAAUGAAGGCGUGCAAUGUUGCAUUGACGUAAGAAGGUAUAGACGGCAACAAAAUGGUUAAACACCAUCAUAUUUGCGCAGUGAAAUAAUAUUUUUUCAACAAUGGCAAUGCCAGAUUAACUUAUCCCGCUAAACAAAAUUGCAAUACAACCCAAUACAAAAAAAAACAAUUAAUCGUAUGUGCGGUUAAGAAAUUAACGAGGGACCAAGUUAAAAAGAAUAUGCGAUCGUAUACCUAUACAAGUUUGAAAGAUUUUUACUUUUCAUUGCGUUUUAUGAAUUGAAUUCUUACAUCAAAUUUUGUUGCUGACUGUACCAACCACAUCCGCAACUACAGCUGACUAGUUAUUACGCGGAAAUAAACAUUUUACAUUAACAAGUAAAAAAAACGGUAGCUAUUAAAUGCAGACGUCAUUUGUUACAAGAAUUAAAUGGGAUUACAAGUAAAGGGAAGUUCUUCGUACAUUGCACAAGUGUUUACAUGAAAUGUAUUAGCUAGCACGACUACUAUUUAUAAAGGCGUAAUAUUUUGAAUCAAAAUCAAAGUUACAACUUUCAUUUAUUUAUUUUUUACACGUCUUUUAGAUAACCAAUGUACCGGAUGAUGCAAAGAUCAACAAGAAGCAAAUACUUUGUCGAUUACUUUCGUGCUAUGAUUUUCUGAUUAAAAAAAGAUUAAAACAAUAUUUUUAAAAAACCUACAAAAAGUUAAGUCAACUUUUCUUGUUGUCCUGCUUACUGUCAGUUAGUCAACAUUGCAUGCGAUAAAUCGUAGGAUUUCGAAUUAUUAAUCAAUAUUGUUGUAAAUAGCUUAUUUAAAUUAAUUAUUAUCCAUGUUCUAUAACUUUAUUUACAUUAUUUAGAUUUUGUUUUAUUUGUGACUGUGAUGAUGAUAAAAUGAUGAGAAUGAUUUUUCUGAAUUUUAUGAUAGAAAAUUAAAUUAUUCAUUAUGAA